AUGUCGGAAGUUCGAGCAGUAGGCUCGUGCGGAGCGCAUCGCAUUGAGGUUUGCUUCUUCUUCGUCUUCACUUGGUGUCAAGAUGGAAAACGCCUUCGGAACGGUCCUCAGGGCAACUCCGGGGCGCGCGAGACGCACGCGUUCCGACAAGGAGGGCUGUGCUGCCAGUACACCCGGGUCGCCGCUCAAACCCCCGUGGCGGAGGAAGUCGAUGAGGCGCGCUGUCCCGGCAGUGAGGAGCCUACGAGAGAGGCAGAAGGCGGAUGGCUAAGGAAGGAUGCAGGUGUGUCAGGUACAAAGCUUCCUUGUCUCGUCGCCUUUGUGGGCCUCCGAAUGGCCGGAGGCCUGGGAGAGCUCCGACGAAGCCUGUGGAUUAGCCGCUUGCACUCUCUGAGAGCCCGCGGAGCCCGGGAGCUCGAGUCAUUGCUGCGAUGUGGUACGCCAGUGGCCCUUCCACAGCUUUUGGCGACGGGUCGGGUGUCGAGCUCGGCGGGCUGUCACGCUCUCUGCAAGACGGGUCUGGGAGGGCCUGCUUUCGUCCAGGAUCUGCAGGGGCCGGUGAUUUCGGUGCAGUUCCCUGCCUGGCCAACAGGGCCGACAGUUCUCAUCAUGCUGGUCUUCCCUCGGCGUGCAGUGGCAAGGCGACGCUGUCUCCAGUGGGGAGGUGAUGGUCCUGGCGAUCUGAGACCUGUGUGCCUUGCCGGCACUUGCUGCGGCUUCUCUGGGCCUCGGGAGCCGAACAGCUUCAACGACUGCGCAGCCGCUGCGCAGGCUCGGUGUGGAGUUUUCUCGCGUGGCUGGCAACAGAACCUCUACCUGAAGCCACCUCAAAUUCUGCAUCAACUCCUCACGGCGGUUGACGCUGGUGCAGCCUCUGCGAAGGCAGAGAAGGGCUUAGAGGUGCUAGAAAGACAGAAGCUGGGCAGCUCCGGCUCCCUCCAUCGCCUCCGCGGCGACACCUCCCUCUUCGCCUCGCUCACGUCGCCGAGUGCAAGAGCCGUCCAUGGACGAAGUCGCCAUCUGCGCGCAAAGGCGGCUGCCGUGCUGUCGGCUGCACCGUCCGUGGCCUCCAUGUUUGCGCUUCGCCGUAAGGCAGGAGAGGGGCCCCAGCAUGAGAUGGCAGGAGCGAUGCUGGCGAUGCUGGCCAAGGCGAAGGGCCUCUUGCAAGUGCGCUGGGUCCCCGAGGACAGAGGCCUCCGGAGCUUCCGCUUUUUGAGGUCCGGCGCGUUUCGGUGCAUCCUCAGGCUGUUAGCGAGGUGA